AUGACGCCGCCUCUGAUUACUCUCGAGGAGCACUGGUACUCUAAGGCUGUGUUCGACUCCUUCGACAAUGCCUUGAAGAAGGGCAUCGAAAAAUGGCCAGGAGCAGUAGAGAGACUACUGGACGCUGGUGAUCUACGCCUAAAGGAAAUGGACCUUGGCAAGGUGUCUCUGCAAAUCAUCUCGCACUGCGCCGCUGAAGAUCCCUCACCCGAAGUGUGCCGAGCUGGUAAUGACCAGCUGGCACAAGAGAUUGCAAAAUCUCAUGAAAGAUCGACUCGUUUUGCAGGCUUUGCUGUUCUGCCCAUGCGUGACCCUGAAGCCGCCGCCAAAGAGCUUGAGCGAGCUGUCAAAAAGCUUGGUUUCGUUGGUGCGUUGGUCGAUCACAAGACGGGCCAUGGCAACGGAUUCUGUGAAGGCAACGAGUACGAUGUUCUUUGGCGCAAAGCCGAGCAGCUCGCAGUGCCCAUCUAUCUCCACCCCUCCUGGCCCACGGAGAAACAAUUUCAGCAAGCCUAUGCAGGCAACUACUCGCCGACCGCCGCAGGAACUAUCGGUGGUGCCAUGUUCAACUGGCAUAGCGAAGUUGGUCACCAUGUCCUUCGAUUGUACGCUGCAGGCGUGUUUGACAAGUUUCCCAAACUCAAGAUUAUUAUCGGCCACUUUGGAGAAAUGAUUCCCUACAUGCUGGACAGGAUUCUCGAGCAGGACCAUCGUCUAGGUAAAACGGGCCGAACCUUCUCAGAGGUAUAUGAUGAGAACAUCUGGAUCACGACCUCUGGCGUGUGGAGCCUGGAUCCCAUGCGUUGCAUUCUAGCAAAUACCAAGAUUGACCAUAUCCUAUACAGCGUGGACUACCCAUUUACUAUGAAUGAAAGAGGCUUGGAGUGGUUCCAAGAGUUGGAAAAGAGUGGGUUGUUGUCGGAGGAGGACUUGGCCUUGAUCGCGUACAAGAACUGCGAAAAGCUCCUAGGCGUCAAGGCACCCACAAAGGAUUAG